AUGGGCAAUGACCGCUUUGUCGUGAACCCGUUCGAAGAGUUCUUGCUCUCGCCUUCGGACAAGAAGAGUCUCAAGGACUUUGGCGACAACUUCAUCAACGCGAACGUCGAGACGUACGAGGCGUUCAUUGCCGAGAACCGCGUGAGCGUCAACCCCACGGCGUGGAAACUCGUCAAGAGCAAAGGCGAGACGCGAGUCUACCGCGAGCGCAGACCCGUGCAAAAGGCCACGUACCCCAAGUCGCUCAUGACGGGCGUCACGUGGGGCACGGUCGACGACGUCAUGUUUGGCGCGCUGAACCCGACGCUCGAGUCCAUGCGCAUCAAAGCGUCGUACGUCGACGACAUGAGUGGCGGCGCAGUGCUCGCGUCGCUCGAGAUGCCGAGUGUGCACGAGCCGUUCAAGUCCAUGACCGUCAAGUGGAUGGAGCUCGACUUGCCGUUUGCCAAGACACCGCUCGUGAAAAACCGCGACUACGUCUUCCUCGAGAGCACAAACACAGCGUCUCUCUCUACAGGGGAACGCGUUGGCGUGAUGGUGUUCCACUCGGUGAGCUUUCCCCAGGCAAAGGCCUUACCCGGCCGCAUUCGGGCCAACAUGAGCACGUGCUGCAUCUUUCGACAGAUUGGCCCCGACACGGUCGAAGUCUACGGCUCGGGCGUGACCGAUCCCGGCGGCGAUCGGAUCCAGAAGCUCGUCAUGCCGACGAUUGCAACGGGGUACCUCUCGACGCUCAAGUACGCGCACUGCAGCAACAUGAAGAAACUCGUGUGGCUGCUCGAGCAGCGCUAUGCACUGGCGAAAGACGUGGGCCUUCGAGCGCGACCCGGUGUCUGCAUCAUGUGCACGUCGUCGGCUAUGGCAACGCUCCGAGUCGGAGACUAUAGCAAGAGCCAGCGAGACACGUGCAAGCUGUGCAAUGGCUACUUGUGCCGCGCGUGCCGCAGUCCGUGCCCACUGACGUUUGUCGGCGCAGACCUUCAGCUGCAGCAGCGCAACGUCACGUUCUGUGGACUGUGUCGAUUGCGCGUGCGAAAGAUGAGUCCCAUUGACGUGGCGAAAGAACAUGCCGUGCUGUAUGGCCGUCAAGCGGCGUCGUUGAUCGAUACGGAAUUGACGACGAGGACGGCAUCGUCGUCGGAUGUGAUGUUGAAGCGGGCGCGUAACUUGGACCGAUAA